AUGUGUCUCGUCAAGGUCAAGCAAGAAGAAGACGUUGUAGUCCCCUACCGCGUGGUCUCGCGACACAACCACUCUCCUCCUCGGCGCCGCGCCUCUCGGCAAUCAACGCACCGCUACUCUCGCGAAGUCGUGCGUGAAUCCCGCCAUGAGUCCCCCCGCCCUUCAGCGUCCUAUGUCGCGGUCCCCACUCCGCAGCCCAAGCCCCUCGCCAUUCCACCUCCGCAGCCCGUGCCUGUGUUUGUAGAGCCGCCGCCAGCACCCGUGUAUGCUCCCGCCCCCCCACCGCCGCCGAGCCAUAUCAGCAGUCGACACAGCCACCACGGCGCAGCGCAGUACGUGGAAGUCUCUCCGCGAUCGAGCUACAGCUCGCGCUCUUCUUCCCUAGGCCGCAGCGAGUACGUGUACCGCGAACGAGAGGUCAGGCGAGAGAGAGCGUAUAGUCCCGACCGCGGACCGCAGUAUGAGCACUAUCGCUACGUGGAGCCAGCGAGGAGUGAAAGCAGUUUUGGAGGCGGGAGAGGGCACGGAGGGAGGGAGAGAAGUAGGUCCAGGGUAAAGGUGGAUCACACGAGACAGAGAAGCCGGAGCAGAGGGGACGGCUACAGGGAGGAGAGUACAAGGGUAACAAUUGUGGACGAUGAUGGGAGGAGGAGGAGGGCGUACGGAUGA